UGGCUCUGCGUCGCAGUGUCGCAGCGUCGCAGAUUCGCAGAAAACUGCAACUUCAGGUGAAAAAUUGUUUAUAAAAUGCGAGAACGCAGUGUGGUAAUGCAAUUAGUUGAAUAAUCUGAUCAAGAUGGCCUGCCAUAAGAUGUGCUUCACCUGGAUGCUGUUGAUCCUGCUGCUGGCCGUGCACCUGGAGGCCUCGAAGAUUGCCUACAAGAAGCCGCUUUACGGCAAGAGCAACUACAUAAAGGACAAGCGCAUGAGGAGCAAGCCAGUGGCGAUACCAACCGCAACCAUAGCCCCAAACACUGACGCAGCUUUGCCCGAUACCGUGGAGUUCAUAAUUGUGACCACUGCUAGGCCAGAGCUCAACGGCACCACAGAAACUACCAGAAGCAGCAGCAUCAGCACCACCACGGAAGGCUUUAGCAGCGAGGCCUGUGGCAGCAGCACAACCGCAACGCCUGCAGCUUCAGCCACAACGACAGCAACGACGACAACCUCCAACGGUUUGGACAACACUUUGCCAUCGCCACCGACGCCAGAACCAGCAACGGCAACAGCAACAGCACCACCAAUAGCACCAGCACCAGCAACAAGCUCCAAUCUGGACAACCAUCCAGUGCCGUGCACAUGCGGCGUUUUCCUCUCCUCGCAGAUGCACCGUGGACUGCACGAGGCGCCGCUCAUACAUCAGGAGCUGGAUCGCAUGUAUCCGUGCAAUGCGAUUGGACGGAAGCAGUGCCAAACCAAAUGCCUGGAAGCGAUCGUACAGCACCUACCCAAUUCGGCCAACAUUGUGUGCUCUGCACUUGGCCAUGACUGCCACAAGGAGCGGGCCUAUUUGUUCAUCAAGAAUUGCCACAAUCAGUGGGUCAACACCAAUCUGCAGGCGGGCAGAGAGUAUUGCUGUAAGGCGGGCGUGCCCUAUCGCUGUCCACUGUUGGGCUAAAUGGUUUGAUUUGCUCAAUAAAUCCUUUGAUAUACAUAUUAAA